AGGAAGAGUGCAGACAGCUGCAUUACACAACUCUGCAGACAUCUGAGCGCGCUGCAGGAUAAUAUGUGAACCUCUAACCAGAGCACUCUGAGGAAGAUCUGAGGGGGUAACGGACCAUAUCAGGGGAGAUGGACCGCUGCCAGCUGAGGGCCCUGAGGAUGAUGUCUCUGAUGGCGCUGUGUCUCCUGCAUGGUGUGUCCGCUCAGCUGUUUGACUCCAAACUGAAGGGAUCCCACCGUCUGGUCUGCAGCAUCUCCGGGGCCCCAGGACCUCCAGGUAAACCGGGCCCCGCCGGGACCCCGGGGUCCGAGGGGAGUCUGGGAAUCCCGGGGAGAGACGGCAGAGACGGGAGGACGGGGGAGAAGGGAGAGAAGGGAAGCGCAGGGGGGAAGGGCAGGGUUGGCCCCUCCGGUCAUAUCGGGGCCCGAGGUGAGCGCGGAUCCCUGGGGAAGCGAGGCCCCGCCGGAGAGGAUGGGGACCCCGGUCUAGAUGGUCCUCCAGGGCGGGAUGGACUGAAGGGGGACAAAGGAGGCCGAGGAACCCGAGGGACCUCAGGAACCUGCAGGUGUGGAUCCCUGACACCCAGAUCUGCGUUCUCUGCAGGCAUCACCAGCAGCUACCCGGCGGAGAAGACCCCCAUCAGGUUCAACAAGGUGCUGUUUAACGAGGGGGGGAACUAUGACCCUCAGACCGGCAAGUUCAUGUGCUCGCUCCCCGGGGUCUACUUCUUCUCCUACCACAUCACGCUUGCCAACAAGCACCUGGCCAUCGGGCUGGUGCAGAACGGCCAGUACCGUAUUAAGACCUUCGACGCCAACACGGGGAACCACGACGUGGCCUCGGGGUCCACCGUGGUGUUCCUGAACCCAGAGGACGAGGUGUGGCUUGAGAUCUUCUUCAAGGACCAGAACGGCCUGUUUGCAGAACCGGGCUGGACCGACUCGCUGUUCUCUGGGUUCCUGCUGUACGCUGAUACCGAGUACAUGGACACACUGGCCGAGGAGUACUCAUAGGAGCUGAAGGACCCUGAAGACAGCAUCUCCAUUGUCCAAUGGGAUUCCUCCGUGUGGUUUUGGAUUAUGUCAGAACAUUUUCUGUGUGUCAAUCAGCCGUUUGAAGGGGAGCUGCAUGCUAAGCUAAGCUAACGUCUCCUGGCUGUAGGGACAUGAGAGGGGGGUCGUUUCCUUCUCAUCUAACUCUGAAGAACACCUUUAUUUCCCAAAGUGACGUAAUAAUAGUCCUCUAAAGGUCUCCAGUUAUACUCUUUACUCUGAACGCCUCCGGAGACGGCUUACAGAGAGAACAACAUUAAAUUCACACCUGUGGCAUCGUGCUGUGUGCCUCAGACUGGUCUCAGUGAAGGGCAGUCUGAGGCACACCUAAUAACCAUGCUGUCUGACCAGCAUCUGGAUGAGCCACAACUGUGAGGCGGAGGGAUCAUCCCUGCUCACACACACAGAUUCAGACACAACAUGUGUUCGUAUCUGACUUCAGCUCAUGGGAAGUGUUGUAUUGUUGUUGAUGCAUUUGAUAGACUUUGUGGUGUGUAUUAUUAAUUACUGAUUUAAUAAAAUACCCCCAAAUGUAA